AUGUCGCCAAUUAAUCGCAUCUCAUCUAUUCUAUCUCAGCUGCCCUCACAGCGAUUACCACAUAUUCACAGUCUCAGUCCAACAUCCUUCCUCUCUCGUGCGGCUGCCAUUGAGCCCCAUGCAUUAGCCAUAUAUCAUACAACUGCCGAUGGGAUCAAAGUACGAAGAACCUACCUAGAGUUUGCCAAUCGUUCUCGUGGUCUCGCGCAUUUCUUUCUUAAGCAUGGCUUGCAGCGUGUUGGAAUUCUUGCUCCAAAUACGCCCGCAUUUCUAGAAACAAUAUUUGCCAUAGGAGCUGCAGGAGGUGUCCAUGUUGGCGUCAAUUAUAGGCUCAAUCAGGAAGAUAUCUCAUACAUGUUUUCAUUUGCAGAGGUUGACUGCAUUAUAGUCGAUGCUGAGUAUUUAUCUCUGCUCGAUGUUUUCAAACAAAACCACCCGCACGUUAGACUUAUUGUUGAUACUGAUACAAAUCAGGUAUCUAAAGGAGAUGUAGGACCAUUUAAUAACGCAAUAUCAGAGGGAUUAGAAUGGGAUGCCCAAGCCGGAAAUAAGCUCCGCGACGGAGCGGAUGCGCACAACUUUGAUGAAGAUACAUGUAUAGCAGUGCCAUUUACAAGCGGAACAACAGCCAAGCCUAAGGGCGUGGUAUAUACUCAUCGUGGUGCCUAUUUGGCCGCAAUGGCGAAUGUUAUUGAAAGUGGUCUUUCAUUCGAGGACGGAAAGAGAUGCGGUUACCUUUGGACACUUCCAAUGUUUCAUGCCGUUGGCUGGACUUUUCCAUGGGCUGUAACUGCAGUUAGAGGUACUCAUUAUUGCCUCCGAAAAAUAGAUUAUUCUCAAAUAUGGAAGCUUUUAAAAAAUGAGACAGUCACUCACUUUAGUGCCGCACCGACAGUCGUCACUCUCUUGUGUGCCUCAAAAGAUGCAGCGGUUCUCUGUAAUCCAAUCCGGGUUACUGUUGCAGCAUCACCUCCUUCUGCGCAUCUCUUCGAGCAAAUGAGCAACCUCAACCUUCUACCCAACCACGUAUACGGCUUGACAGAAACAUAUGGUCCAGUUACAAAAAGCUACCAUAUGCCUGCAUGGAAUAAUCAUCCUGAGAAGGAAAAAUAUGCCAAUAUGGCGCGCCAAGGCCAUGGAUUUAUCACUAGUCUUCCCAUUCGUGUGGUGAAGACUAACCAGCCCGAAGGUAUUCUUGUAGAUGUUGAAAAAAAUGGACAGGAAAUCGGAGAGAUUGUAUUCUCUGGAAAUAUCUGUGCUAAAGAAUAUUUUAACGAUCCUGAGGCCUCACGGAAAUUGUGGGCUGGCGGAGUCCUUCACAGUGGUGAUUUAGCGGCUUGGCACCCAGACGGUAGUGCCCAAAUCCUUGAUCGGCAGAAAGAUGUUAUUAUCUCUGGUGGCGAAAACAUCUCUUCCAUAGCUCUAGAAGCCAUGAUUAUCCAGCAUCCUGACGUACUUGAGACGGCAGUGGUUAGUUCUCCAGAUGAAGCCUGGGGAGAGCGUCCUGUUGCUUUUGUCACACUAAAAGAAAGAGCGGAUAUAAAGACUAUUCCAGAUCAAGUCUUAGACAGUCCUCGACUUGUUGAAUGGGCUAGGAAAAAAAGUUCUAUCAGUCGUUUUAUGAUACCACGUGAGUUCGUAAUUGUAUCAGAAUUACCAAAAACAAGCACAGGGAAGGUAAAAAAGAACAUCCUUAGGCGAUGGGCCAUUGGAGAUUACAGUUAA